AUGGCGCCCAUGCAACCAAGUCUUGGCCCACCUAGGGAUGAGCCUAGGGUGUUUGGUCUUGACAAGUUCAACGGUGACAACUUUGCUGAAUGGUCCUUCAAGAUGGAGAACAUCUUUGACCACUAUGACCUGCUGGAGGUGAUGGAAGGAACGGAGAAGCGCCCCGAGAACGACCCGGAGAAGAGCCCGUGGGUGCGGAAGAGCGCACAAGGCUAUCUCUUACUUGGGCAAGCGUUGGGGAGCAGUCAGAUCCGUCACAUCAAGCCAUUCCAGCGUGAACCAGAGAAAGGACCAAAGGCAUGGGCUGCUCUCAAGGGUGUACAUGCUCCUGCAACAGCGGCGGUAGCGGUGGUGUUGGAACGGCAAAUGGCGGCACUACGAAUUGAAGAAGACGAAGCGGUUGAAGAAGGGGUGCAGAAAUUCUUCGACUUGUUGACGCGGCUUGAGGUAGCUGAUUUGAACUACAGUGAGCUCCAAAAGAAGACCAAGUUGCUGGCCUUACUCCCAGAGUCAUGGUCCUCGCUCAUCAUCAACCUUAAUUGCGACUUGCCCCGCCUCUCGCUUGAAGACGUGAAGCGAGCUAUCCUUCAAGAGGAUUUCCGCCGCCGUGAGUUGGCGAGUGCGGAUGGCGCUGGGGCAGCGAGCAUCGGCCGUGGAUAUGGUCGAGGAAGAGGCAGAGGACGAGGGGGAGGAAGGUUUGGUGGCAGCAACUUCGGCGGAGGCCGCAGGAGUGGCGGUUACGGCAGCGACGACAAGAGCUACGGACGCGGUCGCGGCCGAUUCGACGGCGAGUGUCACUAUUGCCACAAGAGCGGACACAUGUGGCGCGACUGCUACAAACUCCCUGAUGGUUGGACCCCUGCUCAAGGCCAAGAGGGUAGAGGAGCAGGAGGAGGGAGAGGACGAGGCCGUGGAGGCCGUGGCGGUCGCGGUGGCGGAGCUGCAAACAUGAAGAGCGGAGACAACGACAAGGACCCGAGCGACGAUCGAUACCCGGGUCUAUUCUACUUCGUGUCGACGCAAGUACCGGCUGGUCCAGAGAAGGAUGAAGGCUUUGAGGAGCCAGCAGCUGUGGGGAAGGUGACCCUACACCCCCUGGACUAUUGGGUGAUUGAUAGUGGCGCUACCUAUAGCAUGACACCUCGCCCGGACUUGCUCACCGAACUCGAGCCGUCACCGGUGAAGCAUGUCACAUCGGCUUUGGGGCAGCGAGCAGAGGUGAAAGGCAUGGGCAAGGCCAUGUUCAAGGGUGCUGAUGGGAAGAUGGUGGGCCUCAAGAACGUGCUUUGGGUGCCCAGCCUUGCUGCAAACCUGAUUUCCGUGCGGCGGUUGGCAAAGGCCGGCAUGGACACGAACUCGAAGGGAGCCAAGACCUACACCGCAAGGCUUGGCGAUCGAAUUCUUUGGGACCUUCAUGAGGACAGGGAUCUCUGCAACGAGAUGUGGCAGAUCCCAGUGGUCCCUAUGCCUAAGGAGAGGCAAGUGGCAGCAAGCAUCAGCACCAAGGAUGGAGCGGUCGGUAGCGACGAUGGCGCGAACGGUCGCGCUAAGGAGAAUGAGCUCAAGAAGAGCAAACCUGGAGGGACCAGCAAGUUCAGUGAACCUAAGGAGAGUGGUGCAGCAACCAAGGAGCAGCAAAAGGGUGAGGAGAACCCCGAGGCAGCAGCGGAGGAGGACUACGGAGAGAGUAUGUGGGGCGCUAUUGCGAGCGCGGCAUUCUCCAAUCCAACUUCGGCUACGGGGGAGUGUGAUUGGCUCACCUUGCAUCGGCGCAUGGGGCAUGUGGCCCUGCCCAUCUUGCAGCAGCUAGUGAAGAAUGAGAUGGUUGCUGGCAUACGUGUGAAGGGGGAGCCCGAUGAGGUGCUUGGCUGCCCGACGUGCAUUCAAGCCAAGUUCACCCGGUUUUCGUUCCCUAGUUCGGAGGCAACGGCAAAGGCACCGCUUGAUGAGGUGGUGAUGGACGUGGUGGGCCCCCUGAAGCUUGGAGCUGCUGGAGCUGAGUAUUUUCUCACCAUUGUCGACGUCUACACCCGCAUGACUUGGGUGUACGUGCUGGCCAAGAAGAGCGACGUGGCUGAAACGUUGAAGACCGAUUGGUUGCCGAUGGUGGAGCGGCAACAAGACCGGCUAGUCAAGGCAAUUCGCACCGAUCGAGGGGGAGAGUUCCUGAGCAAGGAGUUUGGGUUGUGGCUGAAGAAGAAUGGUAUUCGGCACUCCCUCACCAUGCCAUACUCCCCUGCAAUGAACGGCAUCGCCGAGCGAGCGAACCGCACAAUCACGGAGGCGGCACGCGGGUUGCUCAUUGAAGCCGGGCUACCCGACUAUUUCUGGCCUGAUGCGGUGCGGAGCGCGAAGGAAGCCAAAGGUGGAUAUGCUUCGGGUGUUCGGGUGCAUGUGCAUGGCGCUCGUGCCUAA